GUCGUGCUCGCUCGGUAGGGGAAGGACUGGAUCGGCGGUGGCGGCGGCGGCGGCGGCCGGAGAGCUGUAGCACUGGAGGUUCUCCGAGUGCGCAGCAUAAAAACGUUCGCAGCUUCGGAGAAAGAGUUCCUCUGGGACCAAAUUAGGCAUUUUGAAUCCAAGCCGGGUUGACUGGGCCGAGUCUAGGCGCUGCUUCUCGUACAGUGUUUGUGGCGGUGACAGACGCUGCUCUUGACUAUAGGGGCCUAUUAGGCCGAGAUCUGAGGCGCAGAUCUCUGGUUCUCGACGCAUCCCCAUUCCCACUUACAUCUCUCGUCUUGCUUCCUGGGUCAGUGAUUCCCGGACCCUGGGAAGAGGGUGGCUGAUGAUAAAGGUCUUCCUUAAAAAUUUCCCAUGUCUCAAUGGACUCCUGUAUAUAAGAAGCUGUAUACCUUAAAAGUGGAUAUGAAGAGUGAGGUUCCUUCUGAUGCGCCAAAGACACCAGAGAGUCUGAAAGGGAUCCUCUUGCAUCCUGAGCCCAUUGGGGCAGCCAAAAGUUUUCCUGCAGAAGUUGAGAUGAUUAAUAGUAAAGUGGGGAAUGAAUUCACUCACUUGUGUGAUGAUUCUCAAAAACAAGAGAAGGACAUGAAUGGUAACCAACCCGAGCAAGAAAAAAGUGUUGUAAGGAAAAAACGCAAAAGCCAGCAGGCUGGCCCUUCCUACAUGCAGAAUUGUGUUAAAGAGAACCAGGGAAUAUUAGGAUUGCGGCAACACUUAGAAACACCAAGUGAUGAAGAUAAUGAUUCUUCUUUUAGUGAUUGUCCGUCUUCUCCUUCAUCUAGUCUGCAUUUUGGAGAUUCCGAUACUGUGACUUCUGAUGAGGACAAGGAAGUCUCAGUAAGACAUUCCCAGGCUAUUUUGAGUGCUAAAAGUAGAACUCAUAGUGCACGGUCCCAAAAGUGGCCUCGGACUGAGACAGAAUCUGUAUCAGGAUUAUUAAUGAAAAGGCCUUGUUUUCAUAGCAGUUCAUUAAGGAGACUUCCAUGUAGAAAGAGAUUUGUAAAAAAUAAUUCCUCACAGAGGACUCAGAAACAAAAAGAGAGGAUAUUAAUGCAGAGGAAAAAACGAGAGGUGUUAGCCCGAAGAAAGUACGCAUUGCUACCCAGUUCUAGUAGUUCCAGUGAAAAUGACCUCAGUAGUGAGUCUUCUUCCAGCUCAUCUACUGAAGGAGAAGAAGAUUUGUUUGUUUCUACCAGUGAAAACCACCAAAACAAUCCAGCUGUUCCCUCAGGAAGUAUUGAUGAAGAUGUUGUGUUGAUAGAAGCUUCCUCUACUCCUCAGGUCACUGCCAAUGAAGAAAUUAAUGUUACCUCAACUGACAGUGAAGUGGAGAUUGUAACAGUUGGUGAAAGCUAUCGAUCUCGUUCAACCCUUGGACACUCCCGAUCUCAUUGGAGCCAAGGUUCAAGUUCUCAUACGAAUCGACCACAGGAGUCUAGGAACCGCAAUAGGAUUUCUACUGUUAUACAGCCCUUGAGACAGAAUGCAGGAGAAGUUGUGGACCUUACUGUUGAUGAAGAUGAGCCUACUGUAGUACCAACCACUUCUACUAGAAUGGAAUCACAAACUACAAGCGCUUCCAUUAGCAAUUCAAAUCCAUCUACCUCUGAGCAGACCUCUGAGCCUGCUCCAGCUGUCAGCAGUAGCCAACCUUCGACAGUGUCAGAGACUUCAGCUACUCUCACAAACAGUAGUACCACUGGUACUUCUAUAGGAGAUGACUCAAGGAGAGCUGCAUCUAGUGCUGUAACGGAAACUGGCCCUCCUGCAAUGCCAAGGUUACCUUCCUGCUGUCCCCAGCACUCGCCAUGUGGAGGAUCAACACAGAAUCACCAUGCAUUAGGACACCCACACACAAGUUGCUUUCAGCAGCAUGGUCAUCACUUUCAACACCACCACCACCACCACCAUACUCCUCUCCCGGCUGUCCCAGUUUCUCCCUCCUUCACGGAUCCUGCUUGUCUUGUAGAAAGGCCACCACAAGUGCAAGCACCUUGUGGAGCAAAUAGUAGUUCUAGUAGUAACUACCAUGACCAGCAGGCAUUGCCAGUAGACCUGAGCAACAGUGGUAUCAGAAGUCAUGGAAGUGGUGGUUUUCAUGGAGCAUCUGCCUUUGACCCCUGCUGCCCUGUUUCUUCUUCCCGAGCUGCAAUUUUUGGCCAUCAGGCUGCUGCUGCUGCUGCCCCGAGUCAGCCAUUAUCAAUAGAUGGCUAUGGAUCCGGCAUGGUUGCUCAACCCCAACCUCAGCCUCCUCCACAAGCCUCCCUUUCAUCAUGUCGGCAUUAUAUGCCACCACCUUAUGCAUCUUUGACAAGACCACUUCAUCAUCAAGCCUCUUCCUGCCCCCACUCUCAUGGAAACCCUCCUCCUCAGACUCAGCCUCCACCUCAAGUGGAUUAUGUUAUUCCCCAUCCUGUACAUGCUUUCCAUUCUCAGAUAUCUUCUCAUGCAACAUCUCACCCUGUGGCACCCCCACCUACAACUCAUUUAGCCAGUGCAGCUGCACCAAUCCCUCAGCAUCUUCCUCCUACACACCAGCCAAUCUCACACCAUAUUCCAGCUGCAGCACCUCCAGCACAGAGAUUGCAUCCUCAUGAAGUGAUGCAAAGGAUGGAAGUUCAAAGGAGAAGGAUGAUGCAGCAUCCAACGCGGGCACAUGAACGCCCCCCACCACAUCCACAUAGGAUGCACCCAAACUAUGGUCAUGGGCAUCAUAUUCAUGUGCCUCAGACUAUGUCCUCACAUCCUCGACAGGCUCCAGAGAGAUCUGCCUGGGAACUGGGGAUUGAAGCUGGAGUGACUGCAGCUACUUAUACACCUGGAACAUUGCACCCUCACUUGGCCCAUUACCAUGCUCCUCCACGACUUCAUCAUUUACAACUGGGAGCGCUUCCUUUAAUGGUUCCUGACAUGGCAGGCUAUCCUCACAUCCGUUACAUUUCAUCAGGAUUGGAUGGAACAUCAUUCAGAGGUCCUUUCAGGGGAAAUUUUGAGGAACUGAUUCAUUUGGAAGAACGAUUAGGAAAUGUCAAUCGUGGAGCAUCCCAGGGGACAAUUGAAAGAUGUACAUACCCACAUAAAUACAAAAAGAGGAAACUGCACUGCAAACAAGAUGGGGAAGAAGGGACUGAGGAAGAUACAGAGGAAAAGUGUACUAUCUGUUUGUCUAUUUUAGAGGAAGGUGAAGAUGUGAGACGACUUCCAUGUAUGCACCUUUUCCACCAAGUGUGUGUUGACCAAUGGUUGAUUACCAAUAAGAAGUGCCCCAUAUGCAGAGUGGACAUUGAGGCCCAGCUGCCAAGUGAAAGUUGACACCAUGUUUCAGAACUCUUGCCCUCCCUCUCAUUCCCAUACUUCCUGGUACUGCAGUCAACCAAAGAUGGCAUGACUUACCUGCGCAGAUUUGGAAGCGUUGAACUUCUUAGCGUGCUGGCUCUGCUAUAUGGUACAACUAAUGCUAGACCCACAGUUAAUGUAUACAGUUGAUUUUGAUGUAUUUAUAAAAGCUUUUUUUCUAGAUUGGACAUUUUUCCUGUAUCAUUUUACUGUAUUUUUGCAUGAUUCCUUGUAUUGCAUUUCUUUGCACAUAUUAUGGGCUUGUGACCCUAAACUUGCAGGCAAGAUUAGCUGCUUUAGUAAGUAGAAUUGUGUGGUCCUUUUGUUUUUUAUAUAGUACCAGGUCUUGAGAAUAAUGAUUUUUUUAAUCCAUUACUAACCUUCCUUUAAUUUAAUCAAUCAUGUGCUUUAGUUUAAUGUAUAAAGAUCCUCUAGAAAAUGAUAAUAUUGUGUAUUAAGACAUUCCUGAAUUAGGACAAAAUGGCUGCUGUAUAUUUCCAAUAUGGAGCUCUGAGUUAAAUAUCAUCCUUAAUACUGGGAACAGAAUAUGAACCAUAUUCAGUCAGAUGCAGAUGUUAUUCAUAUCCCCAGAGUGAUCAAUAUGAAUUUUCUUGGUGUAUCCUUUUCCUUUCAGCACAGUGCAGAUAGAAUUGAAUAUUGACAUCAUACAUUUAGACUGCUGUUCUGAUUGUAUUUAUGUUUUUCCUACAUUAUUUGGAAAUUUAUUUCCCUGACUUAAUUUUUGCUGCUGUGAAACAGCUCUAAUAAACACUAAAUAUUAAUUUCAAUUAGCUGGAUUGUACAUACUUGCAGAUUUAACAAAAUUUUAGGGAAAUUGAAAAAGACAUGUAGAAUUUUGUUCAGUCUUCUGCUAAGCACGUAUAGUUGAGAUAUCUGCUUAUAUUGAUUUUUUAAAACACAUUCAGUCAAAAUUUAGAAUUGCAGUCAUUAUUAGCAGGUAUCUAUGCAUUCACAGAACUUCUAAAGGUCCCAGGAUCACUUUUAAGGGAUUUUUAUUAGUUUAAAGAUAAAUAAAAUCAGCUGAAUCUACAUGUCUCUUGUUUUAUUUCUCUCUAAACUUGAAAAACAGUAAAUCUGCAGAUACUGUGAGGUACAAAUUAUAUUGUCAACCUACUGUUGCUCUGGUUAUAGAUUCCCAUUUCAUACAUACCAAGAGUCAAUCACUGAUUUAAAAAUUUUAAUUUCUAUAGUUAAGAUUUACUGCAUAAUAUAGAAUAUAAAGUGAACGUACUAACAUUUCUCCUUUGGAGAAAGUUUUAAUCCACUUCAGGUUGCGUAUUAUUAUGAAGAUAUUUCAUAUACAGGAUAGCCUAAUUUUAUUUGUUUAAAUAUGCUUAAUAUGCCCAAGAUUGCAAAUGCAUCCAGUCAGUAAUAUCACUGUCUGUAUGUGGAAGACAUGUUCCCAUGGAUCAUAUGUGAAGAUGUCAAUAAGCUUGCAUUAAGCCACCUGCUUUGUAAGUGGAUUGAUUAAUAAAUAACUUCUAUUUCUAUUGU